AUGUCUUCCCCCCUUUUCUAUUUCUUCCUCUUUCCUUAUCUCUUCCUCCUUUCUUACCUCGUCCUCCUUUCCUUACCUCUUCCUUUUUCCUUUCUCUUCUCAUUUCCCCAUACCUCUUCCUCCUUUCUAUCUCUUCUUCCUUUCCUUACCUCUUCCCUCCUUCCUUACCUCUUCCUCCUUUCCUUAUCUCUUCUUUCUCCUUUCCUUACCCUCUUCCUCCUUUCCUUACCUCUUCUCCUUUUCUACCUCUCUUCUUCCUCUUUCUUUCUCUUUUCCUUUCCUUGUCUCUUCUUCCUCCUUUUCCUUAUCUCUUCCUCCUUUCCUUCCCCUCUUCUUUCUCCUUUCCUCUCCUCUUCCUCCUUUCCUUACCUCUUCCACCUUUCCUUUCUCCUUUCCCCCUUUUUCUUACCUCUUCCUCCUUUUCUCUUCUUCCCCUUUCUUAUCUCUUCUUCCUCCUUUCCACCUCUUCCUCUUUCCUUACCUUUUCUUUCCUUUCCUUCCUCUUCCUCUUUCCUUUCCUUCCCCUCUUCCACCUUUCCUUAUCUCUUCCACCUUUCCUUACGUCUUCCACUUUUCCUUACCUCUUUCUCCUUUCCUUACCUCUUCCUCCUUUCCUUCUUCCUCUUCCCCUUUCCUUAUCUCUUCCUCUUUUCCACCUCUUCUUUCCUUACCUCUUCCACCUUUCCUUACCUCUUCCUCCUUUCCUUACCUCUUCCUCCUUUCCUUAUCUCUUCCUUUCCUUACCUCUUCUUUCUAUUUCCUUACCUCUUCCUCCUUUCCUUAUCUCUUCUUUCUCCUUUCUUACCUCUCCUCCUUUCCUCCUUUCUUUUUCCUUAUCUCUUCUUCCUCCUUUCCUUACCUCUUCCUCCUUUCUUACCUCUUCCUCCUUUCCUUAUCUCUUCUUCUUUCUCCUUUCCUUACCUCUUCGUCCUUUCCUUUUCUUAUCUCUUUCUCCUUUCCUUUUUUACCUCUUCCUCCUUUCCUUACCUCUUUUCCUCCUUUCUCUUCCUCUUUCCACCUUUCUUUUUCCUUUCCUUUUCUCCUUUCCUUACCUCUUCUUCCUUUUCUUAUCUCUUCCUCCUUUCCUUACCUCUUCCUCCUUUUUCCUUAUCUCUUCCUCCUUUCCUUAUCUCUUCCUCUUUUCCUUUUCUCUUCCACCUUUCUUAUCUCUUACCUUUUUCCUUACCUCUUCCUCCUUUCCUUUAUCUUCUUCCUCCUUUCCUUACCUCUUCCAUCUUUUCAUAUCUCUUCUUCCACCUUUCCUUACCUCUUCCUUUCUUAUCUCUUCUUCCCUUUCUUCCACCUCUUCCCCUUUCCUUACCUCUUCCUCCUUUCCUUAUCUCUUUUCCUUAUCUCUUCCUUUUUCUUACCUCUUCCUCUUUUUCUUCCUCUUCUUACCUUUCAUUUCCUCUUCCCUCUUUCUUACCUCUUCUCCUUUCCUUAUCUCUUUACCUUUCCUCUAUCUCUUCCUCCCUUUCCUUACGUCUUCUUUCUACUUUCCUUUACUUCUUUCCUCCUUUCCUUAUCUCUUCUUCUCCUUUCCUUACCUCGUCCUCCUUUCCUUGUCUUCUUUCUCCUUUCCUUACCUCUUCCUCCUUUCUUCUUUCCUCCUUUCCCUUACCUCUUCCUCCUUUCCUUACAUCUUCCUCCUUUCCUUACCCUCUUCCACCUUUCCUUAUCUCUUUCACCUUUCUUACCUCUUCCUUUUUUUCCUUACCUCUUCUUCCUCCUUUCCUUACCUUCUUCUUUCUCUUUUUUCCUUACCCCUUCCUCCCUUUCCCACCUCUUCCUUCUUUCUCACGUCUUCUUUUCCUUUCCUUACCUCUUCCUCCUUUCCUUACCUCAUCUUUCUCCUUUCCUUACCUCUUCCUCCCUUUCCUUACCUCUUCUUUCUCCUUUCCUUGCCCUUCACCUUUUUUCUUUCUCCUUUUCCUUAUCUCUUCCACCUUUCCUUACCUCUUCCUCCUUCCUCCUUCCCCUCUUCCACCUUUCCUUAUCUCUUUCACCUUUCCUUACCUCUUCCUCCUUUUCUUACCUCUUCCUCCUUUCCUUACCACUUCCCCCUUUCCUUACCUCUUCCUCCUUUCCUUAUCUCUUCUUUCUCCUUUCCUUACCUCUUCCACCUUUCCUUACCUCUUCUUCCUUUCCUUAUCUCAUCCUCCUUUCCUUACCUCUUCCUCCUUUCCUUAUCUCUUCCCCCUUUUCUUACCUAUUCCUCCUUUCCUUACCUCUUCCUCCUUUCCUUAUAUCUUACACCUUUCCUUAUCUCUUCCUCCUUUCCUUACCUCUUCUUCCUUUCCUCACCUCUUCCUCCUUUCCUUAUCUCUUCUUCUUUUCCUUAUCUCUUCUUCCUCCUUUCCUUACCUCUUCCUCCUUUUCUUACCUCUUCCUCCUUUGCUUAUUUCUUCUUCUUCCUUUCCUUACCUCUUCCUCCAUUCCUUAACUCUUCCUCCUUUCCUUAUCUCUUCCACCUUUCCUUAUAUCUUCCUCCUUUCCUUAUCUCUUCCACCUUUCCUUAUCUCUUCCUCCUUUCCUUACCUCUUCCUCCUUUCCUUAUCUCUUCCACCUUUCCUUAUCUCUUCCUCGUUUCCAUAUCUCUUCCACCUUUCCUUAUCUCUUCCACUUUUCCUUACCUCUUCCUCCUUUCCUUACCUCUUCCUCCUUUCCUUAUCUCUUUCUCCCUUCCUUACCUCUUCCUCCUUUCCUUACCUCUUCCACCUUUCCUUAUCUCUUCCUCCUUUCCUUACCUCUUCCACAUUUCCUUAUCUCUUCCUCCUUUCCUUACCUCUACCACAUUUCCUUACCUCUUCCUCCUUUCCUUAUCUCUUCCUCCUUUCCUUUCCUCUUCCUCCUUUUCUUACCUCUUCCUCAUUUCCUUACCUCUUCCUCCUUUCCUUACCUCUUCCUCUUUUCCUUACCUCUUCCUCCUUUCCUUACCUCUUCCUCCUUUCGUUAUCUCUUCUUUCUCCUUUCCUUAACUCUUCCACCUUUCCUUAUCUCUUCCUCCUUUUCUUACCUCUUCCACCUUUCCUUAUCUCUUCCACCUUUCCUUACCUCUUCCACGUUUCCUUACCUCUUCCUCCUUUCCUUAUCUCUCCCACCUUUCCUUAUCUCUUCCCCCUUUUCUUACCUCUUCCUCCUUUACUUACCUCUUCUUUUCACCUUUUCCUUACCUCUUCCUCCUUUCACCCUCUUCCUCCUUUCCUUAUCUCUUCCACCUUUCCUUAUCUCUUCCUCCUUUCCUUACGUCUUCUUUUCUCCUUUCUUACCUCUUCCUCCUUUUCCUUAUCUCUUCUUUCUCUUUCCUUACCUCGUCCUCCUUUCCUUACCUCUUUUCUCCUUUUCCUUACCUCUUCCACCUUUUCCUUAUCUCUCUUCCACCUUUCCUUACCUCUUCCUCUUUUCCUUACCUCUUCCUCCUUUCCUUAUCUCUUCUUCCUCCUUUCCUUACCUCUUCCACCUUUCCUUAUCUCUUCCACCUUUCCUUACCUCUUCCACGUUUCCUUACCUCUUCCUCCUUUCCUUAUCUCUCCCACCUUUCCUUAUCUCUUCCCCCUUUUCUUACCUCUUCCUCCUUUCCUUACCUCUUCUUUCACCUUUCCUUACCUCUUCCUCUUUCCUUACCUCUUCCUCCUUUCCUUAUCUCUUCCACCUUUCCUUAUCUCUUCCUCCUUUCCUUACGUCUUCUUUCUCCUUUCCUUACCUCUUCCUCCUUUCCUUAUCUCUUCUUUCUCCUUUCCUUACCUCGUCCUCCUUUCCUUACCUCUUCUUUCUCCUUUCCUUACCUCUUCCACCUUUCCUUAUCUCUUCCACCUUUCCUUACCUCUUCCUUUUUUCCUUACCUCUUCCUCCUUUCCUUACCUCUUCUUUCUCCUUUCCUUACCUCUUCUUUCUCCUUUCCUUACCUCUUCCACCUUUCCUUAUCUCUUUCUCCUUUCCUUACCUCUUCCUCCUUUCCUUACCUCUUCUUUCUCCUUUCCUUACCUCUUCCACCUUUCCUUAUCUCUUCCACCUUUCCUUAUCUCUUUCUCCUUUCCUUUCCUCUUCCUCCUUUCCUUACCUCUUCCUCCUUUCCUUACGUCUUCUUUCUCCUUUCCUUAUCUCUUCCACCUUUCCUUACCUCUUCCUCCUUUCCUUACCUCUUCCUCCUUUCCUUAUCUCUUCCACUUUUUCUUAUCUCUUCCUCCUUUUCUUACCUCUUCCUCCUUUCCUUAUCUCUUCUUUCUCCUUUCCUUACCUCUUCCUCCUUUCCUUACCACUUCUUUCUCCUUUUAUGCUCACCCUGUUUCUUUCUCUUUUCUUUUUCGUUUUAAUUCAGACAUUUUCUUUUCCCUCGGUCUUUUUUUUCUUUCUUUUCUUUCGUUAUCUCGGCCUUCGUUUCUUUCGUUCAUGUACUCUAUUCCUUUCUUUUUGUUAUUUUUUUUAUUUAUUUUAUUGUUCCUUAAUUUUUCUUUCUUUCUUUCUUUUUUCUUUCUUUCUUUCUUCUUUCUUUCUUUCUUUCUUACAUCCCUUUUCUUUCUUUUUUACUUGCUUUCAUUCUUUUUUCUUCACUUUUCCCUUUUCUUGCAUUCUGUUUGUGGGUUUCUUUCUUUUUCCUCUUCUUUCUUUCUUUCCUUCUUUCUUUCUUUCCUUCCUUCUUUCCAUCCUUCCUUCCUUCUUUCCUUCUUUCUUUCUUUCUUUCCUUCUUUCCUUCUUUCUUUCUUUCUUUCCUUCUUUCUUUCCUUCUUUCUUUCUUUCUUUCCUUCCUUCCUUCUUUCCUUCUUUCUUUCUUUCUUUCCUUCCUUCUUUCCUUCUUUCUUUCUUUCUUUCUUUCUUUCUUUCCUUCUUUCCUUCUUUCUUUCUUUCCUUCCUUCUUUCCUUCUUUCUUUCUUUCUUUCUUUCCUUCCUUCCUUCUUUCCUUCUUUCUUUUUCUUUCUUUCCUUUCUUUCCUUCUUUCCUUCUUUCUUUCUUUCUUUCCUUCCUUCUUUCCUUCUUUCUUUCUUUCUUUCCUUCCUUCUUUCCUUCUUUCUUUCUUUCUUUCCUUCUUUCCUUCUUUCUUUCUUUCCUUCCUUCUUUCCUUCUUUCUUUCUUUCUUUCCUUCCUUCUUUCCUUCUUUCUUUCUUUCUUUCUUUCUUUCUUUCUUUCUUUCUUUCUUUCUUUCUUUCUUUCCUUCCUUCCUUCUUUCCUUCUUUCUUUCUUUCUUUCCUUCCUUCCUUCUUUCUUUCUUUCCUUCCUUCCUUCUUUCCUUCUUUCUUUCUUCCUUUCCUUCCUUCUUUCCUUCUUUCUUUCUUUCUUUCUUUCUUUCUUUCUUUCUUUCCUUCCUUCUUUCCUUCUUUCUUUCUUUCUUUCCUUCCUUCUUUCUUUCUUUCUUUCUUUCCUUCCUUCUUUCUUUCUUUCUUUCUUUCUUUCUUUCUUUCUUUCCUUCCUUCCUUCUUUCCUUAUUUCUUUCUUUCUUUCUUUCCUUCCUUCUUUCCUUCUUUCUUUCUUCUCAAAUUUACAUUUUAUUACUCUCUCUUCAUUCUGUCUUUACCAUAUGGCAUAUUUCUUAUCUCGUUUUCUUUUUUUUUUUGCCUGCUACAAACUUUUCUUCCCUCAAACGUACGUAUACCAGUUCCAUUGUAA